AUGACUAGAGAACAGAGGUCACCACUACUCCCCGAGGCGGACACUGGGAGGGCUUGCUUGACUCAAGUCCCCAUUCUUUAUGUCUUCCAUCUCAUGGAAUGUGAGAUUUUCUACCAAACCCACCCUCCAUACACAGGCAUUGGCGACAAAUGCAGCAGGGAUGAGGUUGCGGCUGCCACGGCUACCCAGUUCAGCAUUCUAGGAAUGACGACAACCUUGUGUGGGACGUUGAACUUGUUUGUUGCUGGAUGGCUAGCCAAGAGGCUUGGCCCCAGAGCUGCCCUUCUUAUUCAAACGCUCGUCCCAGCUAUUCGGGCAAGUGCCCAAAUUCUAGGCGUCACAGCUGGGGGUUGGCCUGGCAUAAUCAUCUUUCAGUGCACACAGCUGAUUGCCAUCGUUGGCGGCCCUGCUGGCUAUGUGUUGAUCGUCAACAUCAUGGGCUGUAUCAUGCUUGGACAAGGCGUGGGAUACUUGGCGGGAGGAAUGAUUGGAGGCGUGUUUGGAAUUCAGCGGCCAUUCGAAGUAGCGUUCUUGUGUUUCCUCCUCGCCACCAUGUACGCCAGGAUCGCCCUCCCUUACAUUGCCCCCGAGGCCACGCUCGACAGCCAGACAAUCAGCAGAGGGCCAUCAGGAUUCUUUAGCCCUCUCAAGAUUCUGCUACCUCAGAGGAUCCGGCUCCAGAGCGGCCAAAUUGCCAAACAUUAUGGAGUGCUUUUGCUCUGCUGUGGUGUCUUUCUUGGUGUGCUAGCCACGGACUAUGCACCAUUUAUGAUCCAGAUGUACGCGACGGCUGAGUUCAACUUUAACCAGGCAGAAAAUGGAUGGCUCAUGUCUGGCUGGGCGGUCAUGAGGAGCAUCUUUCUUCUGCUUCUCUUUCCAUACAUUAUAGCGCAGGGCCAAUCCCGGGCGAGGGGUGAGGCGGCUUCAACUGACCCAGACUGCAGUCAUCUUGGGUUUGAUCUCUUUUUCCUUCGACGGAGCCUAGUCAUUAAUGGGGUCGUAACAACCGUUGCCGCAUUCGCGACGCACAGAUGGCAUAUCUAUCUCGCUAACGGGCGAUUGCAAGCUGCAUUCCUACUUCCCUUGGGUUCUGGCUCAGCACCCGCCGCGAAAGGAGUCAUCACAGACAUGUGCUCCUCGUCGCAGCGAGCCGAUGCCCUCAACGCCAUCACUCUCGUAGAGAAUAUUGCCCGACUUGCUACCCAGGGUCUUUUCGGAUUUCUUUUUGCUUUCCUCGCUGGAGUCGGCAAAGCAUAUCUUACAUUUUUCAAUGCGGCUAUAGCGGUUCUGGGAAUGGGCGUACUUUUCCUCUCUCAUCUUCCUCCCCUUGGAAGUGAACUUAUGGAGGAGGACGACGCAAUCAACACGACGAGCACCCGUGAAGGGGACGUCCAAGGGUCAAGCCAUAGCUGA